UUCUUUGAGCGCCUCAUGCCCGGCAGAGUCAUCACAGACCCUGAUGAGCUGAAGCUGUUUAAUGUGGACUGGCUGAAAUCAGUCCGAGGCUGUAGCAAGCUUAUGUUGAAGCCGCAGACGACAGCAGAGGUGUCUCAGGUUCUCAGGUACUGCUAUGAGAGGAACCUGGCAGUGAACCCACAGGGGGGUAACACAGGCCUUGUUGGGGGCAGUGUCCCUGUCUUUGAUGAGAUCAUUCUCUCCACUGCUCUCAUGAACCAGAUCAUCAGCUUUGACAAGGUGUCUGGCAUCCUCGUCUGCCAAGCUGGCUGCAUCUUAGAGAAACUCAACGAGUACCUGGAGCAGCAGGGGUUUAUUGUGCCUCUUGACCUGGGGGCAAAAGGCAGCUGCCACAUCGGUGGCAAUGUGGCCACAAAUGCUGGAGGCUUACGGCUGUUGAGAUAUGGCUCCCUCCGGGGGACAGUGCUGGGACUGGAAGUGGUGCUGGCUGAUGGCUCAGCUCUGGACUGCUUGGCGUCGCUGCGCAAAGACAACACAGGCUAUGAUUUGAAGCAGCUUUUCAUCGGCUCCGAGGGCACCUUGGGAGUGAUCACUGCUGUCUCCAUACUGUGUCCUCAGAAGCCUAAAGCUGUGAAUCUGGCAUUCCUAGGGUGCCAGAGUUUUGCUAAUGUCCUGGAAACAUUUACAACCUGCAGAGACAUGCUGGGAGAGAUUUUGUCUGCCUAUGAGUUCAUGGAUGAGAAGUGCAUGGAACUGGUUGAGAGACAUCUUAAGCUGUCCAACCCAUUGACAGGCAGUCCUUUUUAUGUUUUAAUUGAGACCUCAGGCUCCGACUCCACACAUGAUGAAGAAAAAUUGAACAACUUCCUAGAGAAGACCAUGACUUCUGGUUUGGUCACUGAUGGAACUGUGGCAACAGAUAAUAAGAAAAUAAAGAUGCUGUGGAGCCUGCGGGAGAGGAUCACAGAGGCCCUGACUCACGAUGGCUACGUCUACAAGUACGACCUCUCCCUCCCUGUGGCAAAGCUCUAUGAGCUUGUGACUGACAUGAGGGCUCGACUGGGACAGAGUGCCAAAAAUGUGGUGGGCUAUGGCCAUUUGGGAGAUGGAAACUUGCACUUGAACAUCACAGCAGAGUCCUAUAGCCAUUCCCUGCUGGCCGCCAUCGAGCCCUUUGUGUACGAGUGGACGGCGAGGCACAGCGGCAGCAUCAGUGCAGAGCAUGGGCUGGGCUUCAAGAAGAAGCAGUUCAUUCAGUACAGCAAACCCAGCCAGGCAAUCCUUCUAAUGCAGCAGUUCAAAGCCAUGUUAGAUCCCAAAGGCAUCCUCAACCCCUACAAGAUGCUGCCCUCCAGGCCAUGA